CGCCGAACCGCGACGGCCAUUCCUCUUCCUCUCAAAUUUCUUCAUCAGUGUUUGUCGUCUGAUCCGACGAACUGCUGCAAGUGAAAGAAAGAUCGAACUCCGCAAUUUCCUUUAACGAUCGACAUGAAUGAGAAGGCCAACAUUUCCAAAGAGCUUAACGCCAAGCACCGUAAGAUCUUGGAAGGACUUCUUAAAUUGCCAGAAAAUAGAGAAUGUGCUGAUUGCAAGAGCAGAGGUCCUCGAUGGGCGAGUGUGAAUUUAGGGAUAUUUAUAUGCAUGCAAUGCUCUGCGAUCCACAGAAGUCUUGGAGUGCACAUAUCGAAGGUGCGUUCUACUGCACUCGACACAUGGCUUCCCGCGCAGGUUGCAUUCAUUCAGUCCAUGGGAAACAAGAAGGCAAAUGAUUAUUGGGAGGCAGAGCUUCCUCGAAAUUACGAUAGAGUGGGGAUUGAGAAUUUUAUUCAUGCAAAGUACGAAGAGAAGAGAUGGGCUGCCAAGGAUAGGAAACCAGAGUCACCUCCCAGGAAAUUAGAAGAAAAAGCUUCGUUCCAGUUGCAAAGUCCAAAUGAUAGAACUGCACAUAGGAUUGUUAGCAGUUCUGGGAACUCUUCCGAUGGAAAGAAAACAAUUCCAUCGACUAGUAAAAGAGAUAGCGGACCUUUCAAGAUUACUCUACCCAUGCCUCCUAAAGGACCAGAACAUGUUUCUCCAGCUCCACUUAAAUCAGAGCUAGCUGCGCCUGUUGAAACAUCAAAGCAGACUCCUGGUACUGGCCCUUCCCCUGAAGUUACUUUUGCUACUGAUCUUUUCGACAUGCUUUCAGUGGAUGGUCCUGGUGAAAAUACCAAUGGAGGAGCAUCUGGGGAUGACGACUCAUGGGCAGUAUUUAAGGCUGCUGAUACAACAUCAUCCAGGGAGACAAAUCAACCUGCUAUACCAGAAAAAUUUGAUGAUAACAAGUCCCACUCUUCAUCUGGAAUCGAAGACCUAUUUAAGGAUACAACAUCAAGUACGGCGUUGUCCAAUGCUUCCUCAUCCACAGAAAAGAAUCUAACUACGAUCCCAACAAAACUUUAUGAGAAUGAGGCUCACUCUGCUUCAGGAGUCAAAGAUCUAUUUAAGGAUUCAGCAUCAAGUGUACCUAUUUCAACUACAGAGAAACCGAAAAAAGAUGUCAAAGAUGAUAUUAUGUCGCUUUUUGAAAAGUCCAAUGUUGUCUCGCCGUAUGCAGCUCAGCAACAGCAACAACAACUUGCGAUGCUAGCUCAAAAACAGUCACUUCUAAUGGCUGCCGCAUCUAAUGCUUCUGGUGGAAUACCGCAAGUUCCCGGUAAUAUAGAAUUAGGGAUUGGUAAUACAAACUUAUCUAACCUAGGUUGGUCGAAUGUCGGCUAUCAGCUGCCUGGAAUGAUGGUGCCAGAAAAACAAAAUGUUGACUCGGAAAAAUAUCUGCAGAUGGGGAAGAUUCUUCCGGUUGAAAGCUCUUUUCCUAUGUCUAGUGCCGGUCCCAUGGAGCCUAAUGUCGGUGCGCCCUCCACAGCCAGUACACGGACAGCAUCCCCAACAUCUCCGGGAUCCUCCUCGCAGUCGGGAAAGGAGUUUGAUUUCUCCUCACUUACACAAGGUUUAUUCUCCAAACACUGAAAAUGAAAUCCAUUUUUAUUAAGAGAAGAGUAGACGAUCGUAGAAGAUGUUGAUCUGAGUUUAUAGAUAUAUAUAUAUAUAUGAAUUUAAAUAUACGAUCCGGUUAUAACAGUAAGGUCAUAGUUUAAAACCUGGCCCAAAAGAAUUUUUGGACCCACAAAUCGUAUAAAGCAAAGUUUGUAGUCCUAAGUAUUUUCAAACACGGGGUCAAUUAUGGAUUUUGGUGAAA